UCCCCUCGGAAAAUUUGGAGGGGGUGAGAACUAGAGAUAUUACUCCAACUGUCAAAACGGCCAAAACCUUCAAGCUCUGAAGUGCGAGAGCACCACCACUCCCUGAUCACUUCUCAACUCUCUCUCCCAUGGCCACCUUCUUCCUCCCUCCUCCCCCACCUCUUCAAAACCCUAACCCAGUUUCACGCCCCCACAUUUCCACUCCACUCUCCCUCCCCUCCAAUUCCUUCAGAAACCCUAAACCAAUCCAUUCUUCCCAAAACCCAUUUUCCUCCUCCCUAGCCGAACCCAAUUCACAUUCCUCAAUCAAGAUCCCCACGGCUCCAUGGAUGACCAAAUCCCCCCUUCUUCUCAACCCUAAUCACCUCUCUAAACCCAAAAAGAAACCGAAUUCCGAAAACCCCGAACGGCCAUUGACGGAGAAAAUUAGCGGCGGGAGAGGAAAGAAAGCAAUGAAGAGGAUUUUCGAAGGGAUAGGGAAACUGAGAGAAACCCAUUACGUUUCGAAAGAAACCCGGAAAAACCCAGAAAAGAUAGAGCUUGAUUUUGUGUUUACAGGAGGUGAGGAAGAUGGGGAUGCUGUGAAGGGUAAAGGGCGAAUGCCGUGGGAGAGCAACGACAGGGUUGUGUUUAGGAGGGUUAAGAAGGAGAAAGUGGUGACUGCUGCUGAGUUGAGGCUUGAUGGGGAGUUGCUUGAGAGGUUGAGGGGUGAGGCAGGGAAAAUGAGGACGUGGGUUAGUGUUAAGAAAAUUGGGGUGAGUCAAGCUGUUGUUGAUCAGGUUAGGUUGAUUUGGAAGGGCUGCGAGCUUGUAAUGAUUAAAUUUGAUGUCCCAUUGUGUCGGAAUAUGGACCGAGCGAGAGAGAUUGUUGAGACCAAGACAGGAGGCUUAGUUGUAUGGAGCAAGAAAGAUGCACUUGUUGUCUAUAGAGGAUGUAAUUAUCGACCAGGAUUGAGAACUUCAAUGACGCAAUCAGGUUUUCCUCAUCAUCAUAAGUUCAAAGACAAGGGUACUCUUUCUCAACUGAAAUCAGAUGCAAGUACCAGAGAAGAAAAUAUGAGCAGACAUGGAGGGGAAACGGAGAUUUUACCAAUAAAUGGGUCUUUGUAUGAAAGGGAAGCAGAUAGAAUAUUGGAUGGUUUAGGACCUCGCUUCAUAGACUGGUGGAGGCCAAAGCCCUUGCCAGUGGAUGCAGACUUGCUUCCAGAAGUGGUUCCUGGAUUCAAGCCUCCGUUUAGGCGUUGUCCACCUCAUGGUAGAGUGAAGCUGACAGAUGAUGAAUUGACAUACUUGAGGAUGCUUGCUCAACAACUACCCUUUCACUUCGUCCUUGGGAGAAACAGAAAACUUCAGGGCUUGGCUGCAGCUAUCUUAAAAUUGUGGGAGAAAUGCCAUAUAGUGAAGAUUGCUGUGAAGUGGGGCAUUCCAAAUACAGAUAAUUCACAAAUGGCAUAUGAACUCAAGUGUCUAACAGGUGGAGUUCUGUUGUUGCGUAACAAGUUCUUAAUAAUACUUUACAGAGGCAAGGAUUUUCUUCCUCGUGGAGUUGAAAACCUAGUGGCAGAGAGAGAAGUGGAGCUGAACAAAUGCCAACUUCAGGAAGAAGCUGCACGCCUGAAAGCCAGCAGCGUGAUGGGGAUUGAAACAUAUUUUAUGGAUGAUGAAUCGUCUGUGAAGACUAGAAGUGGAACUUUGUCAGAAUACAAGGAUAUCCAAUCAGAAAGUGCAAUCCUAAGAGAUGGAAAUAGUGAGGUUAAAGUAGAACUGGAAGCUGAAAAAGAAAGACUAAAGAAGCAACUGAGAAAUCAAGCACGAAAGCUUUAUAUUCUGAAAAUGAAGAUAAAGUGGUCUGCAAAGGAGUUGGAAAAAGUAAAUUCCACAUGGAGGCCUGCUGAGCAGGAUGCAGACCAGGAAAUGAUAACAGAAGAGGAGAGAACAUGCUUUAGGAAGAUAGGAUUGAAGUUAACCAGCAGUUUAGUUCUUGGAAGGCGUGGGGUCUUUGAUGGUGUAAUAGAAGGCUUGCGUCAGCAUUGGAAGCACAGAGAAAUAGUCAAGGUGAUUACGAUGCAGAGAGUGUUUUCACAGGUUAUGUAUACUGCUCAACAGCUUGAAGCAGAAAGUGGUGGCAUACUGGUUUCCGUUGACAAGCUGAAAGAAGGCCACGCUAUCAUUAUUUACCGUGGGAAAAACUAUAGACGUCCUUUAAUAUCAGCACCUCAGAAUCUUCUGAACAAAAGAGAAGCAUUACAUAGGUCGCUAGAGAUGCAGAGAAUUGGAUCCCUGAAGUUUUUUGCUUAUCAAAGGCAGCGGGAAAUCUAUGAAUUGGAAUGUAAACUGGCAAAUAUAGAGAAAAAAAGGGAAAUCACCCAAAAGCACAUGGAAUGAGCUCAAAGAUUCAUCGCCCCAUGGAAUCUCUUAAGUUUUCUGCUUUGUUAGGGGGGAAAACAAUGCAGAUAUGUUAUUGGAGAAUCAUUCCCAACGGGUCAACGGAGCAAAUCACCAUGCAAAGGAGUAAGUCUUGCCUAUUGAAACCUAUUGACAGUACUUGCUUGGUUGCCCAUAAGAUUUGAUGAAGCAGUCAUGUUACUCAUGUACACAAAAUGUGCAGUUAAAUAAUCUAUGUCCAAAGUCUAGGCUGAUUUGUUCACCAUGGGCAACAGUUCAGAUAUUUCUUGCUCAUUACAUGUGGAGAAAAUACAAUUUGACUAUACCUUUUCUUUUUAGCUCAACAGUUGGCACUUGGCACAUGCCAUAUUGCUUCACAAACUGGAUACAUAUAUAUAUGGUCAAUUGCAUAAGGGGUUCUCAGAAGUGUCUUGCAAAGAACAAUCAAGAUAAUGAUAAGUUAGAUGAAGAAAGAGGUGAUGUAGGAUAGCCCUACUGCCCCUCCCAUUGGCUACAAGUUGAGGGGCCAAAUUAUUUGGAAGAGGGGGAGUGCUAACAGCAAAAGGUCUUUUCAAUGCCCGAGUUAUGUGAAGUUUUAAAGGCCAAGCCUUGGUAAUACUUUACGGUUGGUUAGGUUUUGUAUGAUGUUUCAACUAGACCAACAUGGACUGGUUUUGCCUAUGGUCAAGCAUCUGAUGCCGUAAUGUUCAGUGACAAUUAAUUCUAAAGUCUCUUUGUUGAUCGCUUUAACCUAAAAUGAUUAGUAUAUCUGACUAUGAAGUUGCCCUCCGAAUAUGGGUCAGUUUUUCUUCCUCUACCAUGUGGUAUCUUGUUGAAACACAGAUGCCUUUUGAGCUUUAGUGAUUGUAUGUAAACUAAAGCAAUAUGCUGCCCUCUGAUAAACUGACAGAAAGAGAAGGGUUCUGUCAGUAUUCUUUUAUCUUUUCUUCAUCUGGGUGAAACUGGUAUUAUGCCACUUCGCUGUUAGAUGGAAAGUUCAAUUAGCACUGCCCUUUGGUUGCUGGAAUCCAUAGACUCUUUGUAUAGACUAUAAUCAUCUGCAGUAUGUAAGAAGGUGAUACAGUGGGAAAGAAGUAGGGAGGAAUUACUGUGUGGUGUAAGGUGUUGUGUAUAAUCAUACAUACAAACUUCUGACCUUGCAUUGACUUUUUUCACAGGGCAAAUAAUCUCGGAUUUUUGCAGCCCUCUCCAUAGUUUUCUGAAAAUAUUCUAGCAGCUUCUUUCCUGGAUUAGUUUGGCAUGACUAUACACAUUUCACUGAAACUAGAACGCCUUGCAUUACAACAAAGAGACAUUUGAGGAUAUAAAGUAUUUAGUAGCAGGCAAGAAACUGGAGUGAUACGGAGCCUAGCUAUGUGAUUGUUAGUUCUCUUCUAAUGCAUUGAACUUAACCUUGUUAACACCAGUACUAAUUUCGUUCCAUGACAUAAUCAAGAGACUAGUGAUUUGCUUUUGAUGGCAUCCAAAGGUGAAACAUAAGGUCGAGGGCUGCCCUUAUGCUCAUACGCCGGGUGAACAUCAAAUCUGAAAAUCUUUUGAGGACGCAUACCUUGUGAACUGGUUGCAAAUGGGGAAUCGACUGACAACUCUUCAUUGACGUGCUUUACCCUCUGCAAAUAACCUAUUGGAGACAGCAUUCUCGUCCUCUCUCCAGGGUUUCUGAGGACACUGUUCGUGAUGGUUAUUGUGCUGCUUGCAAAUUGAUUAUUAUUUAGUUCAAAACUAUGGCACCAACGUUUCUGGAAUUUUAAAGACUAGCUUAUCUAUCGAAAUAUUUGUUCAAUACA